AUGUCUAUCUUACCUCAUCACCUCCACCUCCACCUCCAUCAUGCUGUUGCGAUCAGCCGCCACCACCGUGUCUAUUGCACUGCAACAACACCACCAAAGAAUAAUAGGCAGAAACUCCAAAAACUUGUUAUAAACGUAACACCACCCGAACUCGACGACCCAAGCCUCAAAUCGACUUGGACUCACCGUGCAUGGGUGGCCACCGGUUGCACCACCGUACUCCUUUCCCUAACCAAUUCGAUCAUCGGAUCAAUCGACACACACAUAUGGCUCGAACCCAUCUUAUCUGGAUUCGUCGGCUACUUGUUUGCAGACCUUGGGUCCGGUGUAUACCACUGGGGGAUUGAUAAUUAUGGCGACGUAUCAACUCCGGUAUUUGGUUCACAAAUCGAUGCUUUUCAGGGUCACCAUAAAUUGCCAUGGACGAUUACCAAGCGUGAGUUUGAGAAUAACUUAUACGCGUUAGCACGUGUUAUAACGUAUAUACUGCUACCGAUUGAUUUGAUUGCCCAUGAUCAACCGGUGGUGAUGGGGUUUGUGGGGAUGGCUUGUGGGUGUAUUAUGUUUAGCCAACAGUUCCAUGCUUGGGCCCAUGGAACUAAGAGCAAGCUGCCGCCAGUAGUGGUGGCGCUGCAAGACGCCGGAGUGUUGGUAUCCCGAUCACAACACGCCGACCACCACCGGCAACCGUAUAAUAACAAUUACUGCAUUGUGAGUGGGAUUUGGAACAGGUUUUUGGAUGAGCAUAAGGUGUUUGAGGCGCUGGAAAUGGUGGUUUUCUUUAAGCUUGGUCUGCGCCCACGGUCAUGGAGUGAACCGAACACCAAUUGGACGGAGGAGGUGGAGCCUUCUCUGACGACUUCUUCUCCACCCUAG